CCAGGUCUCCAAUGCCUUUGCAGGCUGUUGCCAGCCCCCACCGUGUCCCCCACCAGAGGGGGAAGCACCCAGGUCAUUCCCCCUCCCCCUGCUGGCUUUCUCCCCACAGCCCCAGCUUCCUCCUUCCUUGUGGGGUGCCCGUGUCCCCUGACAACCCACAGGUCACAGCCUGUGCCUCAGCCCCACGCCCCUUGACAACCCUCUUUGUUACAUCACCCCGACUCGUCCAACCUCCUAGAGUUGCUGGGCCACCCAAAAGGACAGAGCGUCUGGACUCUGGAACAGACAUGGCGUCAUUGGUGUGCCUACUCGGGUUGCUGACCUUGCUCGGUUCUGUUACUGCAUCGUUGGCCCCUGCUCCAGGCAGCCCACUUUCGGACGACGAAUACCGGGACUUCUUUCACAGCCUGCGGCCCCCAUGGAAGGCAGUGUUCUCGUGCACCAUGCGCCAGAGGUAUGGCUGCCUUAGCCCAGGAAUCCUGAAGCUGGACCGGGAGGAGAACCACGGGAUUGUCCCCAAAGGGUCGAUCUGCUCCGACUUCCCAGAGAGGAUGCAGUUUGAGAGCUUCUGCCAGUUCGCCCACUACCGCUGCUUCAAAGGCCAGUUCUACGUCAAGCGAAUCCAGUGUCCAAAUACGUCUACUCAUAAAAACCUCUUCCUAGCGGGGCAACAUGAGGCCGUGGGCUAUGGAGUAAAGGAUCAGAGCUCCCCUGUGAGAGAAGCCCCAGGGCAGGCUUCUGUCUCACCUCCUGGUGCCCUGCUGGAGUCUACGGGGCUGCUUCUGCUACCACCAACUGUGCCAUCGCCGGCUGCCCCUGCUCCCUCGCCUACCAAGUUGGAAUCCCCUGCCCAGGAAGAGACAUCGUGGAAGCAACGCCUGUGGAGCAGCAUCUCGAAGCUGAUCUCCUUGGCCCUCUCCACAGAGAACUCAUCGGGCACGCACAGCUCCUCUCCACAGCGCAGCCCGGAGGCAGGGAGCACACCCGGCACUGCUGAGGAGGCAGCACAGGCAGCUGCUCCCCAUGGCAGUCUUUCAGACCUCAAGAAUGACGAGGCAGUGAUGAUCCUGUGCUCUGUGGUGAUGAAGGAAAACUGUCUCACAUCACUGCUCACCAAGUCUUGGAAGGAGCUAGAAGAGACACUCUUUGGCUUUGGAGAUUCGGUGUGUGACAGCAUGGGUCGGCGCCACAUGGACCUGCACCCUCACUCUGCUUUCUGUUCGCUGAAGAUGGAGCAGUGUCAGAACAGGAAAAACCUGAAACGCGUUCACUGUGAUUCAGGCAACUUCACCAACUACAUCAGCCCUCAGGUCUCAGCUCAGCUCCAGGCUGCAGAGAAGGAGACCAGCUCCUCACAGCCCUUGCAGGUCAACAACAUGGAGAAUUUAGGAGGGCCGAGGGUAGAGCAGUGGUGCAGCCAGAUAGCGAGCCGUGGUUGUGAAGAUCCUCGUGUGUCUCUGUGGUUGAAGGCAGAGUACAAUGCCUUACAAGAAGGAGAUGCCCCAGCCCAAAUCUGCGACUCAAACGGAGUGAGGUACCCAAACUACUGCACCUUCAAGAGCCACCAGUGUCUCCAGCAGAGCCUCUACAAUCAGAAGAUGAGAAGCAGCUUGCACUGCCCUUCACACACCCUUUUCCUCCGUGGCCGGUCUCUUCACAUAUAG